AUGCCGAAGCAGGGACCGGUCGACAUUAUCGACGUCCAUCACAUGGGCGGCGGAAACAACAGCGUUGGAGGGGACGAUGAGCUGCGUAUGGCGGCGCGCGCUGGCCUGAUCUUGCUCGAGAAGAACGCGGCGUUGGAAGUGAACGUAGAACUCCUAUCCACCGAACUACGUCGGUACGAAGUGCAACACCGCGAACUGCAGAUGGAGGUGCAAUCCCUGCGCGAUCAACACAAGGCGGCGGUGCUGGAAGUCCAAGCGGCGCACAAGGAGGUCAAGGUGCUGCAGUCCUCGCAUCGCAAGGAACGUGCGGCGUGGCACAGUUCGGAAGAGGCGUCGCAGCAGCAGCUCCGAUCCCUCGCGUCCGAGUUGCGUGCGCAGCAACAACUGCAUCAAAACUCAUCGUCCACGACCCCACUACCACACGAGUCCCAAAACAACGCCGACUUCGCCAAGCCCUCGUCGUCAGAUGACGAUCCCUUGUCCGAAGACCCUCGUGUGACCCUUCUGCAGACCGAAAACGACCUCCUCCAGACGCAUCUGAGCCAGGUGCUGCUCGAGCUAAGCCAGCUCCAAGUGACGUGGUCUCAGUCGAGUUAUGCCAGCAACCAGCGCAUCCAGGCCCUUGAGCACGAUCUCCACAAGUUGACGCGGGAAAAUAAACUGCUGAAAGACGAGCAAGCAGAGGAGCGAGAGCUCAUCGAUAGCCUCCGGACUAUAUGCCACACGUACAAGAAAAUCGCCGACGCACGCCCGUUUGCCGCAUCUACGUGCUUGGACGAGAACAACCAAGAGUGCCAUGACACAGAUCAAGGCGAAAGCCUGGGCUCGAGCAGCUCGGAGGCGACGGACGCGGUCGAGUCGUCCAUGCAUGAAGACGUGAUGCACAUGAACACGGCGUUGGAACGUCGGGUACGGGAGCUGGAAGCGCUAGUGGCCACGUCGACGUCCACCGUGUCGGAGGAGCAUGCGGUGUACAUGGAGGAACAGCUGAUGGGGACGAGGGAAGCGUUGAAGCACACGAAACAGCAGUGGGUUGCGGCCGUCGCGGCGAAGAAGGAAGCACUAGCCUGCACCGCUGCGGCGCACGAAGAGUUGGCGCGAAUGCAGGAAGUGUUCGAGAGCAUGCAAAAAGGGGCGACGAAGCAGCACGACGAGGACGAGCACGUUGACUGGAUGGAUGAUACCGUUGUGCACCCGGCGCCUCCAGGCGACCUCGAUUCCCCUCUGAUCGGGUGCUUGCUGCAGCACUGGACGAGCGACACGGAGCGGUGGGCCGUGUUGCUCCGGUGGCUGCAAAGCGCGAUCCACGGUCGCCCCACUCACGGAAGCGUGCGUCUGGAUCGGUUAUCGAGUGAAGUUAGUGCUGGCUUUGUCCAGCUGUUGGUGCCGGUGCUGCGAGAGGAGCAUGGGGUGCAUGUGAAGGUGCGGCGACGCACGUCGUCCCACGUACUUACUGACCUGGUGCUUUCCGUGGAAGCGAAUCAACCCAUAGAGGGAGGCCUUCCUGGCGAGGUGGGGUCAUGUUCGUCGAGCGUGUUGCAUCUGGUGUCGUAA